AUGGAGGGAGUCUUACCCGGUCAGCAUGCUCCGAGAGCAGGCAAACCAGUGGUGCAAUUUGAAAAUGAAGAUGAAGUGCUAGGAGAAUUAAGAUUGGAUCCUAGUAUAAGUCAACACCAAAUAUCCAGUAAUCUCGGGAUUCCAAGAUCGACGGUGCAACGUGUCAUUAACAGAAACAAAUAUCACGCCUACCACGUGCAAAGGGUGCAAGCUUUGCUGCCCGGUGACUAUGAACCUAUACUGCGGUUUUGCAGAGAGAUGUUAAGAUACCACAGAGAGGAUCCGCAGUUCCUCAACAAGGUUUUACGGACGGAUGAGUUAACUUUUAGAAGAACGGGAGUAUUCAAUAUCCACAAUCUACAUUUUUACUCCAUAGUGAACCCCCUUAUCAUAAGAAAUGAUCGAUUCCAGCAUCGUUUGGUAUUAACAUGUGAGCUGGUAUAA